AUGGAGGAAACAACCGGCCCAGCGGGGCAACCUAUAAUAUCAAGAGAAAAAACCGCGCCGUUCCUCAUCAGAACAUUUGUGAAAAUUGGGAGCUUUCACCGCUUGACGUUGUUUGAAGAUGGGACACUGCCAACGACCGACGAGCAGCAGUUAUUUGCAUGGAAAGAUGCCACACUUCGCGAGGUUCUGACCAUAUUGCGAAACACCGCACCCCACAUCGCCGAAUACCGCCAUCCCCUCGCACGUUUUUCCUUCCGCACCGUCUACGCAGACUCAACCAACAAGAGCCGCUUCUUGCAAAAGGAGCUGGGGAUGGUUUAUUCCCGCGAUAUACUGGGUGAACCAGGCUCGUUGAACGCCACGGCACCGCGACUUUUGGAAGACGAGGACGGGGCCCAGCGCGACCGCACCGAACGAGAGAGGGAAGAAAGAACGCUUGACGAACUUAGAUUCGUUCCGGGAGACUACCUCCUCAUCGCAGUCAUCCUUCCUAAAAACGUCACUGUCCCCACGGAGCUUUUGAUCAAGGGCUCGGGGGCUCCUGGGGCUGGUGCAGCUAACGGCUGGCGAAGUGCACCUCCAGCAGCCGCUGGGAGGGGAGAUGGGGGGUGGGGCUCCACCGCGGCUCCUGUGCCGCCCACAGGCCGUGGAGGAGGUCACUGGAGGGGGGAAUCGAAUGCCCCGCCUGCGGGCGCUCGUGGUCGUGGCGGAGGUCGUGGCGGGGGUGAUUUUGGAAGGGACAGGGACUUUGAUAGAUCUGAGAGGCGGGCUCCUCCUCCGAGAAGGGGUGCCGACUCUCCACCUCCCCGGGGAGGUUGGGGACAUCGUGGAGGAAGAGGCGGGAGAGGCGAUAGACGUUCGCGAUCUCGCUCGCGCAGUCCACCAAGGAGGAGAGGCCGUUAUGAUUGA